GUCAAACAUUUUGAAUUCGAAUUUGUCGUUAGUAAACAAACCACGAAUUUUUAGAAAUUGACCUAAAAUUCACUUUACAACAUACAAAAUGGCAGUAGAAAUUAAAGACCAAUUGUACUUAAAAGCUGUAGAUGAGUUGGAUGCAUUUUGCAAACGCCUCGAUGAGAAAAUAGACAAAGAACAGCAGCAACUUAAAGCAUGUAAGAAGAAAACUGAAUUUGAGACCAAAUUGGCUCAUGAAAUGAAGCUAAACAAAGACCUCACAGAUCGACUUGCAGAACUAUCUAGACGUGGAAACGAGCUAGACAGAGUGUGUGCCUCGUUCGAAUCGUGCCUGACGAUAGCAGAUAGCGACAAAACUAGACUGGAUAAUGCUAAAGAAGCAUAUCAGCUAGCCAAAGAGCUGACUGGCAUCCGAUUGGACUUCAGUGCACCCUCACACAUCGCCAAGGGCUAUAUCAAAAGCGAGUACCACAAACAACUGCAUCCAUUCGAGAUAGACAUGUCUACGGCAGACAGCAACACGCUGUGGAAUCUACUCAACACGGUUGUUGGAAGCGAGCGGAUUCAUAACGAUGAGAAUCGGCCGAUCAACUAGUAUAAUAUUUGAGUUACUGUGAAAUCCAGUGAAUGAAACUUUAGUUUUAAGAAAUCAAUACAUUUGACUAGACGCGGACCAUCGAUUUUUGCCGAUAGUUGUGCCCGAUUUUAAAUUGUAUGAAGAAUCGGCCAAAUCGAAUCGGCGUAGUGUGCGCACUCCCAUACAUGCCCAUACUGAUCAACUGCCCGACUAAACUAUCGGCCGACGAAAAAUCGAUGGUCUGCGCAUAUUCUUAUGCUUCAGAUCGCCAUCGCUGCGGCGCGAUCAUAGGCUAUGACAUGCGGCGACACGCGUUGGUGUAGUUAAAUCGUUAGAGAAAAAAUAGGGCUCCCUUUAAAUAAAUAAAUCUAAAAUUUAUGAAUUUUAACAAUUUAACAAUGUAAAAUUUU